CUUUCAACUGCUAGAUUUAUCACCGCACUGAACAAGGUUUUUCUCUAGUCUUAGCAGCUUACAGGAAUGGAUCCAAGACUAUUAAUGGAGGCCGUCGCAAAAAACGAUGAAAACACUUUCAUCAAUUUAGUUCGCGAGAAUGAAGAUUUUCUCGAUCAAAGAACAGCUGAAUCCAUGAACACGGUGUUACACUGGGCAUCAAGAUUCGGAGACACUGCAUUGGUGAAGGAAGUUUUGAAGCUGCGGCCCAUGUUCGUCGAUGCAGAGAAUGCUAAGUUAGAGACUCCACUACAUGAGGCUUGUCGUCACGGUCAAACUGAGGUCUUAAAGCUGCUAUUGGAGGCCAAUCCCGAGGCAGCUUGUAAACUUAAUGCUGAAAACCAAAGUCCAUUUUUUGUGGCUUGCAGUAAUGGGCACCUGGAUGUGGUGAAGAUCCUUUUGAAUCAGUCCUGGUUGGUAGGCUUAGAAGAUGAGGGUCUUGAUGCAACUUGUCUUCACGUAGCUGCCUCGAGAGGUUUCAAAGAUAUUGUUAGAGAGUUAUUAAAUGUGUGCCCGGGCCUUGCUAUCACGUUUGACAAGAAUGGAUAUUCUCCAUUGCACUAUGCAUGUAACAGUGGGCACCUGGAAAUAACAAAAAUGCUGUUGUAUCUUGGACUGGACAUCGCUCUGCAGUUCAGUAGCACAGGUUACAUGCCACUGCAUUUGGCAGCCAUGAACGGCAAAACUGAGACUUUUGAAGAAUUUGAGCGCAUGGCUCCCAUAUGCUUUCACCAUCUCACAAGACAAGGAGAAACAGUUUUUCAUUUAACUGUGAAAUACAAGCACUACGAUGCUUUCAUGUGGUUGGUGGGUGCCUUCCAUGAUACUGAUCUCUUCCACCGCACAGAUAAAUUGGGCAACACUCUAUUGCAUCUUGCUGUCUCUAGAGGAUGUUCUCAGAUGGUGGCGUACUUGAUCAAUGAAACAACACCGAAGAUCAACUCCGAGAAUUGUGAGGGACUCACAGCUCUUGACAUUCUCGAUCAGGCUGACAGAAUGGAUAAAUUUCCUGAUAUUAAGGACUUGUUGGAGAGAUCUGGUGGAAGAAAAGGUGCUAGAAUGUUGAGUAUGACAAACGAAGUCGAUGAUCCAUCCAACAAAAGAAACAGUUCUGAAGUAAAUUCAAUCCACCAUCAAGUUGAAGAGACAAACGAAAUUCAGGAUGAUAACACAACAAAACCAGAGUAUUCACCAAGGAAGACAGCUAGUCAUUUGAGCAAUGCAUCAAGACACAAGCGCCUCAGCAGAAGGAGACGGGAAGAACUAGCAAAAUUCUAUAAUGACCGUCGAUAUAAAAGACAUGACAUAUACUGGGAGGCACUGCAAAAUGCUAGGAACACAAUCACUCUAGUUUCAAUCCUGAUUGCUACAGUGGCUUUUACUGCUGGCAUGAACCCUCCUCCUGGUAUUUUUUCCCCGGAAGGAAAAAAGGAAAAUUCAACAUUGAAGGAAAAAACAGCUUUCAAGGUCUUCAUAAUAAGCAAUAACUUAGCAUUGUUCACAUCUUUAAGCAUUGUUAUAAUUCUAGUCAGCAUCAUUCCCUUUCAGAGAAAACUACUAAUGAGGCUGCUGGUGAUUAUCCACAAGGUCAUGUGGGUGGCUGUGUCAUGCAUGGCUACAUCUUAUUUUGCAGCCACGUGGAUGAUUGUACAUCGUCCUGGGUUGGAAUGGAUGUUUGAGGCUCUGAUCGUUAUCUGUGCAAGUACCAUGGGAACUCUAUUCCUCUAUCUGGGACACACUUUGGCUACACACUGGUUGAGGAAGUUGAAGUGGAGGAAAGACAAAGGUAAAAAGGAUGGGACUGUUGCGCCCAAGCCUACGUCCUCUGAUGGCAAAAUCCAGUCAACAUCUGCCAAUCCCAACAUCAGAGUCGACGUCCGGCCUAACUCCAGUGACGCUGAUGUUAAAAAAGAACGCAGAUCACAAUCCAGUUUCUCCACCAACUCUGACAUUAGUAGUUCCAUGUCCCGAGGAUAUCACCCAUACUGAAUGAUCCAAAUUGAGGGAAGGGAUAAUUAUCUGCCAUUGAUGUAGCAAUGAGGUUGUUACAGUGAAACCCACGCUCUGACUACUUCAAAAAACAUAUUUUGGUACUUGAGAAUUUCUUUGUGAUUGCAUGU